AUGUUAUCAUCGAAAUAUUUAAAGUUCCUUUUAUCAUUUAUUUUGUUAUUCAAAAACUUUGUGAGUGCACAAGUUCAAGAUCCUCAUGUUGAUCUUUACGAGGUUGAUCCCGUUGGAUUCUUAAGCGUUGUCAUAUUUGGUCACAUUUUCGUGUUUUGCGGCUUAAUAGGAGUAACAUUUAUCCUUAUAAGAGUCUUUCUUAGGUGGUCGCUUAAACGUAAAUCUUUAUCGAUGGCCCUUAGAGUUCCCUUUUAUUUGAGUAUGUUAGAUUUGGGAUUCCUAAUUUUCCAAGCUAUUACCAUUGGUUAUCUUACAAUAAAUCACGAACCAAUGACUGGUUUCACCUGUAAAGUCUAUGCUACUAUGAGUACUUCAUUUACACUUUUUCAUAGGCUAGUUAUCGCUGGUAUUUCAAUUAUUACAUAUCUCAGAGUAUGUAAACAAAAAAUUUGUAACACUGGUAGAUAUGAUUGGAAAUUACUUUUACCUGUGGCCAUUUUGUCUAUACUUAUUGGAGUCAUGGCUUUUAAUACUUAUGGUCCCGUUAUAUAUUGGUGUGCCGCAGAACCAGCUACUGUAGCCAUUCCAAUAUCUUCCAUUUCUAUGACUAUAAUUGUACUUUCUAUAUGCAUGUUCUGUUAUAUCCAAACUAUUCUAGCCAUACGUGAUAUUAAAAAACAACAAUACUUAGUUUCUGAAAGUAAAGGUGUAUUUGGUAAAAGAUCUACACAUACUCCUAUGGAUUCUGUUGAAAUUAAAGUCACUAAGAAGGUUUUGUGGUAUAUACUUGUGUUUAUGUUGCAAUGGGUUCCUGCUAUACCAUAUGAUAUUUAUCAAUUUUUUGGCCGUGCUGCUACUUGGGUUUAUUGUAUGGUUAUUGUGUCAAUUAAUUUGGGACCUAUCGGAAAUGCAAUAUUUUAUAUAGUAAAUGAAGGUUGGAGUCGUUAUGGCACUGAUUAUUGUUACUCAGCUGAUGGAAGUGAAAAUGAUAAAACUGCUUGUAGUACAAAGGUUGAUAGUAAAAGCUCUAAUAAUGAUGAUAAUACGAAAUUUAUGGAUAUUGAAAAUGGUUCAUUUGAUUUUGACAAAAAUUAA